AUGCUCUCUCUCUGCCUUCCUCUUCUCACAGAUGGCGUGUUCGGAAGGUGCCAGAAGUUUCCGGCAAUAGACUUCCACCGCUAUGAAUUGUCCCCGGGGGCUCUGCAGCACCUGAGAGGCACUUGGCAGAAGCUCUCGCGCACAGGUUUCACGUGGCAGGACGAGUAUGCCCAGUACGUGAUGGCCCAGGAGCUCGCAAACCUCCCCAGAUCCUACCCACGGCGUCCUGAAGCAUCCGCCCUGGCCAGACCGACGGAGCCGAGUGCGGACGCUAAGAGGAGGCACAGCCUGCAGGACGGCGUUGCCCUGGCCAGGGCCCUCCAGCACUACCUGCCGUACCUGGGGGCUCGGUCCCAGGCCUCAGCCUCCAGCUCGCACCCCAGGACAGAGCUCGGCAGCCUACCCGCCGAGGCUGCUGACACCUUCCCCGAGAGCAUCCUGACCUACGCGGCCCACACACCUGCGCUGACCUACCCUGCUGGGCCCCGGGCCCAGCUCCCCGAGGCCCUCCCGCUGCAGACCCUCAACCGGCCCCAGCCUGACCAACUCAGCCCCCAGGUGGACGGCAGUGUGGACGGACAUCACCUGAUGGCAGCCCUCAGUGCCUAUGCAGCUCGGAGGCCCCCCGUGCCCCCCAGGGAGGGUGACCUGGGGCCGCAGUACCUUCUGCAUGUGCCCCCAAGACUGCCCAGGCCCCUCUUGGCACCGGCCACCCCCCAGAAGUGGCCUUCACCUCCAGGAGACCCCAAAGUCACCCCUGGCACGGAGGAAGGGACCGCGGUGCCGGCCAGGGGGCCGGGCGGGACCGAGGCCCAGGUGCCUGCACCGAAUGCGCCACGCCCGCUCCCUGCUGCGCCCCCGCGGGGCUGCCCGGUCUUCCCUGGAGACGCCGGCCGGCGGCACGCACGUGUGCCCCUGGGGACCCUGGUGCGGAGCCUCCUGCGGGACCUGAGGAGGCAGCAGGCGGACGCCGCGAGCCUGAGGCCCCUGGAGCCGGACGAGACGGGCGGCGGGACGCCUGGCGUGGGGCGCGAUGGCAGGGCUCAGGAUGGCGACGACAGAGUUCACCCAGAGGUCACUCGUUUGAGCGCCACCCUUGGGGACCUCUUGCAGGACCCUGGGUCUCAACCACUGCCUGAUGCCCCCGGCCUCGCCGAGCCCUUCCCAGCAGAGAUGAAGAAGUCGGCGCACCCUGCAGCUCCCGUGUCUUCGGAAGAGGAGGACGCGGGCGUGGAAAACGUCCGGAGUCAGACGUACUCCAGAGACCUGUCGGAGAGGAAGCCAGAUCUGGAGCCCGCAGCCGAGGGGUUUGGGCAGCUCCAGAGCAGGACCCAGGGGGCCCUGUGGGAUGACAGCCUUCACGCAGGAGCGCAGCAGCCCCCCGGCGACGCCCUGCAGCUGCAGGUCAAGGCCUCUGGGGAGGAGGAGGAGGAAUACGGCUACGUCGUGACAGACCACGACCCCUUGAGCCCGGAGAAGGGGAGGCAGCUGAUGGAGGACCUCGCCCACCUACUGCACCUGCCGGCUGGCGCCUUAACCUACACCGGUGUUCUGGGACCAGCAGUGACCUUCCAGGUGAGCACCAAUGCCCAAAACGUGACAACUGCAGACGUCGCAAAGGCCACAGUUGACAACAAAGACAAACUGGAGGAAGCCUCGGGCCUGAAAAUUCUUCAAUCCGGAGUUGGGUCGAGGAGCGAGGUCAAGCUUCUGCCUCACCAGGCGGAACGGGAGGACUCGACCAAGUUCGUGGUGCUCACCUUGGUGUCCGUGGCCUGCAUCGUGGGCGUCCUCCUGGCCUCCGGCCUCACCUACUGCCUGCGACACGCCUCUCACCACAAGCUGAAGGAGAAGCUGUCGGGAUUGGGGGGCCACCCGGGCACCGAUGCCACCGCCGCCUACCAGGAGCUGUGCCGCCAGCGCAUGGCCGUGCGGCCGCCGGACCGCCCCGAGGGCCCGCACGUGUCUCGUGUCAACAGCGUCUCGUCCCAGUUCAGCGACGGGCCCAUGCCUAGCCCUUCCGCGCGGAGCAGCACCUCGUCCUGGUCCGAGGAGCCCGUCCAGCCCAACAUGGACAUCUCCACCGGCCACAUGAUCCUGGCCUACAUGGAGGACCACCUGAAGAACAAGAACCGGCUGGAGAAGGAGUGGGAGGCUCUGUGUGCCUACCAGGCGGAGCCCAGCAGCUCGCUCGUGGCCCAGAGGGAGGAGAACGUGCCCAAGAACCGCUCCCUGGCCGUGCUGACCUACGACCACUCCAGGGUCCAGCUGAAAGUGGAAAGCAGCCUGGGCAGCUCGGACUACAUCAACGCCAGCCCCAUCAUGGACCACGACCCCAGGAACCCUGCGUACAUCGCCACCCAGGGACCACUUCCUGCUACCGUGGCCGACUUCUGGCAGAUGGUGUGGGAGAGCGGCUGCGCGGUCAUCGUCAUGCUGGCCCCCCUCACGGAGAACGGCGUCAGGCAGUGCCACCACUACUGGCCGGACGAAGGCUCCAACCUCUACCACGUCUACGAGGUCAAUCUGGUCUCUGAGCACAUCUGGUGUGAGGACUUCCUGGUGAGGAGCUUUUACCUGAAGAACCUGCAAACCAACGAGACGCGCACGGUGACCCAGUUCCACUUCCUGAGCUGGUAUGACCAGGGAGUGCCUUCCUCCGCGAGGUCGCUGCUGGACUUCCGCAGAAAAGUAAACAAGUGCUACAGGGGCCGUUCUUGUCCAAUAAUUGUUCACUGCAGUGACGGCGCGGGCCGCAGCGGCACCUACAUCCUGAUCGACAUGGUUCUCAACAAGAUGGCCAAAGGUGCUAAAGAGAUUGACAUCGCCGCCACGCUGGAGCACUUGCGGGACCAGAGGCCCGGCAUGGUCCAGACCAAGGAGCAGUUCGAGUUCGCGCUGACCGCGGUGGCGGAGGAGGUGAACGCCAUCCUCAAGGCCCUUCCCCAGUGA